UCUGGUCACACUCGAACACUAGAAAAGAAAUAAAAACAAAGGCAUUUUUGUGUGUUUCGAAAAUUAGAAUAUAGCUGAUUUAUCAGACAAAAUGGAGCCCAACGAUGAGGUGGUGGAACGCCAGAAACUAGUGCCAAACGAUGUUGAAACAGAGGAGGAAGCCCAAAGCCAAAGUGCACCGAAAUCAGCUAACCCCCCCUCACCCGCCGUUCCCAAUAUCAAAAUCAAAGGCAUCUCCAGUGGAGAGACGACACGCAGUAGAAAUUCCGCAUCCUGCUCUAUAGAGCGCACGAUAUCCGAAAAGGAAAAGGACAAGGGCCAGAGCCAGGGACAGUCGACGGCCGCCAAGGUGACAUAUGUGAACGAGAGACGGCCACGCCCGCAGGCUCAUGCGGGAGGUGGCGGUGGCGGAGAUGAGCGCUUCGAGUUCAAGACCAGGCCACGCAAAUUGCUCAAAGAUCGCGAUGAAUUGGAACCCACACACAACAGUGCCAACAACUUGAAUGCCAUCACAUUGGUGAGCAGCGAGUGGCUAGCACCUGAUCCCUCCACAACCAACAACAACACCACACCAAAAAACACCAAAAUCAUCAUCAACAACAACAACAACAACGAUAGUUCCAAACCCAAUAAUAACACAAAUAGCAAUCCGAACACACCACGGUCCCAGCGUCGGAAGAAUAAUCCCACAGCUUCGAUGCCAAACGCCGCCACCAAUGUCCACAACAAUAACAGUAGCGACAAGUUCGAUGAUCGUCCAAUAAAGCAUCAUUCCUUUGUCUCCGAAGUACCCGAUGUGAAGCAUAUGGAAAGAGCGCUCCUUGGACUGCUGGAUGACUUUCAUUCCGGCAAGCUGAAGGCAUUCGGUUCCGGCUGCACCAUGGACCAGAUGACCAAGAUCCGUGAGCAGCAGGAGAGCCUGGCCAAAUUGCAUUUCGAGCUGGCUGCCGCCGAGGAGGAUUCCUUGGAGCAUGGCAACGAGUUCAACACCAACAAGGCGCAGGAGAAUAUGCUCCAGCUGAUGCAGCGCCUCGAGCAGCUCUCCAUUUCCAUUGAACAGCUGCAGACAAGCCACACGGGUCUCUGAGAGUUGGCCCAGCCGCAGGCCUGGGAUCAUCGCCUGCUCUGGCUCUGAGAAAGGAUAACAGCCGACGGGGGGAUUUGCAGGAGUUUUACACGAGAUUAGCGGGAGAAUUCUGGACUUUUCUGUAAAUAUUUAAGUUCGUACGUACGCUUAAGUGGGAGGAUCCGGGAUAGGCUUUUUAUGCUAAAAAGAAUAUUAGUUAAGCAGACAGCAAAAAAACAAAACAAAAGAAAAAAAAAACUCGCAGUGAUUGUGAAACUAAUUUAGAUUGUCUUCGCAUAGCCAUAGCAAAUAGCGUUAAAUUACAACUAGAAGAAGAUGGUGCCAAGUUCUGGUGCUAAAAUUAAUUAUUUCGAUUUGAUUAUGUGCUGCAGGUUAUCAGGCUUCAAUUUUAAUGAAAAUCUGUUUCGCUUAUUUGUUUGUUACAUAGUUAUUUGCAAUAUAUAAAUAUAUACAUACACACGUAUUCAUAUGAAAUGUACGAA